AUGUCGAAAAGUAUUAGCACUGAAGAAUUCUAUAUACUCAGCUGUACAAAGGCAGAAGAUGAAAAAGAGGCAGGAGAAGGAGCCCGUCAAGAAAGCCGUCAAGCGGUAGACGAAGGGCUCCGUAAGCUGUCAAAAUAUGCAUCCAAGAUAAAUGCCAUAGCAAUCCGAAUACUGAAUUGUGGAUUCUUAUACGACCGUAUACUAAUCCUUUACGCGCGGUUAAGCCUAGUGAAAUUCGUCUUUCACAUGGAAAAGGCAUACAUAAAAAGUCUUAAGGAGAAGGAGAAGAAGGCAGUGAAGAAGAAGAAGACAGUGAAGAAGAAGAAAGCAGUGAAGAAGAAGAAAGCAGUGAAGAAGAAGGUGAAGAGAGAAGAUAAAGGGAAGGAAGAUACGAAGGAGAAGGAGGAGAAGAAAACUCUGUCUAAGAAAUCUUGA